CAAAACACCAUUUUACUAAACUGUCGAAGUUAUAAAGUUAUUUACUUUUGUGAACUUAAUUGGAUGUACAUCUUUGGAGUAGUGGAGUUCAAAUAUGUUGAUAUUAAUUUAAGAGGAACAGUUUAAAUAAUUAUAGAACAUUGAAUAUAUUUAUUUGUUAUUUAUUUAAUUGUGCACCGUUAUAAACUUACAAAAUGCAGAAUUUACAUGAUUUAGCAAUGUUUCGUUUUAAUUUUUGGCAUAAACCAUUUUUAUCACCACCAGCAGCCCACCAGCCUUUUCCGCCUGGAAUGGAAAGCACUUCUUUUAUACCAAACCCGCUCGGUGCACCUGCUUUAAUGGUUCUUGCAUCAACGGCUGAAAAUCACGAAGGAGCAAGGAUAACAGGAGCGCCUAGAUUUAGCAGUCCGGAAAAUAAAGAUUCAACUCCACAAUACAGUACUGCAAAUUACACCAUGUAUCGCCCAGGGGAUCAUUUUCCUACACCAAUUUAUGCACCUGUUCACCCUUUAGUUCGCUCUGCAACUGAAAGAUCGGGGGUAAGACUCAUGCACCCAGGGGCAAACAGUGCUUUCCGACCACUGUCAGAAAACCCAGAGCAAUACCACUCGGCUUUUUCUCCGGCUAAGAGACCUAAACCAGAAGAUCUGUCAACAAAAAAUUACCUGUCAAAUGUGGAAACAAAUGAUAAUAACGGCAGUAAUGACUUUAUGCGGGAUUCGUCAAAAGAUGACCGGCCAUCUAGUCUAAGUUCAGUAAAUUAUGACACAAACUCUGAGACACAUUCAGAAAUAGGGGAUGCAGAUCGUCAGACCCCCGAUUCUGAGGGCCGUUCCCUAAGAAAACAGCGUAAGAAGUUAAUACUUGAUGGUCAGACUCCACAUUGUCCUGUUUGCGGCCUGACUUUACGUCCCGGGGAGACCGAGUCGCAUCUACAAGCCGAACUGGAGAAACUUGAUAAACUCUCGUCCAGAAAUACAAGAAAAUCAAGGGAAAAUACACCACAAGGCAGAAAAACGUUGCCGUCCCCAUCUGGAAGUCGAGGGAAAGAUUCCCCUGCUAUAGGUGCGGCAUCGCAAGCUCGGUAUGAGAACUAUUUAAGGAUCCAAAAUAACAGACAAGCAAGACUUGGAGUUCGAAGUCGUACUCGUAAGAAGAAGUUGGAGGAAACUGUUUGUCCAGUGUGCAAUAAAAGAGUUUCUGGAACUCCUGAGGAGUUGAAUGAACAUGUAGAACUCUGUUUGAAAAAGCGUGAUGAUGAGCUAGAACCUGUAGACGUAGAGGCGGAGGAACAAUUUGAGGAAUACACAUGGGCGGGACAGACGCGGAUACGCGCAUCGUCAAUGUUAGAUGGAGGAUAUGCUGGCUCAGGGUUUCAGGUAGCUAGUUGUAGCAGUCAAGGUCAGGACGAGGACUGUGAUCUCAACGUGGACGAUGACGACUCCGAGAAAUACGGCAAUCCUCAAUAUAGUGAAGUAGAUGUGAUACCAUGUGCUUCUGAUGAGCCCGGUGAGGACAGGGAGAGAGAGGCACUGAGAGGGGCUUUUUUAAGUACGGCUGAUGCUCCAACCAGUCUGAAAAGUCACAGUAGACUCACAAAUACAGAUAUAGAAGGUGCUUAUAACCCUGAAGAUAGUGUGUCAUCAUCACGUGUAAAAUGUGAACCUAAUGAUGACAAAGAUUCCGUGGAGGAAGUGGGGGGCUCAGCUGGACAAAUUAUUACAGCAUUAAGGUGUAGACUGAAGGAGAAAAACGAACAACAAACCAGUCCAAAAUGUCUUAUCUGUAUGGAGCCGUACAGCAAACCAGUGGCAUCCACUCAGUGUUGGCAUGUACAUUGUGAAGAAUGCUGGCUUAGAACAAUGGGAGCCAAGAAGUUGUGUCCACAGUGUAACAUGAUAACUUCUCCAGCAGAUCUACGCAGAAUCUAUUUAUGAAAACAUUAUGAUAAUUUUUAAAUUUGUGUUGUUAUCAAAUCUGGUUUGUCUUAACCAGUAACUGCUCUCAGGGUUGUCAUUAAGAGGCCAAAAUGACUGUCUCAAAUGCAUUUUGGGCCACCUCCAACCUAAGAAAACACUCUUUAUUAUGUGUGAUAAAAACAAACUAGAGGUAGCGGAGGACAAAGAGAAACCACACAUCACCACCUAAUAGGUUGAAAUUAUUUAUCAAAGUCUACUAGUUUCGAUCAAACAUGAUCUUCAUCAGGACAAAUAAUAGAUAAAAUAUACCAUGAAAGCGCUAAAAAAGAGUUUUCAAAAUGUUACGUCUGUUACUAUAAAUAGUAACAUGUGAUACUAUUAAUAACUUAAAUUUGGAAUGUUGCCAGAAGUUUUUAAGUCUUAAAAAUAAAAAUAAAAUCUAUAAAUAGAACAUACAGUUAGUUGUGAUAAAAUCAAAAAUAACUGCCUCAGAUUCAAAAUAAACCUUCAUGAAAAUAUCUUAAUGACAACCCUGCGCUCUUCAAGACUUGUUGAAUGGUUUAUGAAGUAUCGUCUUACAGAGUAAAGAUGUUUUAGGAUUUUGCAAAGGUGUAAGAAUGCCUUGUGGUAAUAUAACAAGACAUUAUCUGUUAAAAUUCUCCUUAUAAGGUACAUGUACAUGUAAGUUUUGAAGGCUUUUUUAAAUAAUAAGACGUUUGACUUUUUUCUAAGUAAAAUAUUUGACUUAAGUCAGAAAAAGAAUGUUCCUUGUUAGAAUUCUUGUCUUAGAGGGACUUUACUGAGGUUUUUUGAAGUGAAGGGACCAAACAUAUUUUUUCAAGAUUUCUGUAUAACUAGAUGUAUGUCUAGACCAGAAUUAAUCAACUUUGUUGUGCAAAAUGGCCCAAAAAAUGAAAACCGUUACAACGCUUUUCACUCAAUUAGGCCAAAAAUCGCAUUUAAAUUGAUUAUCAAUUUAAUACUAUGUAUGUUUAUAUAUCUAUUGCUUGGUUUCAAAUCUAAAUGUACCAGUUGAUUUAAGAAAGAAUUUCAAAAUGUAUUAUUUUAGGAUAUUGGACCUCAGUGGAGUUCCUUUUACUGUGACUGAAACAAGACAUUGAAUGUUUUAUAUUUCUAAAGGUGUAAUACAAAGAAUGUAUUUUUGGCAUAUAUAUGGCCAGAUUCUUGUUGAUUAACUUUUUCUCAAUUAUAUCGCAUUAUUUUUAAAGACAAUAAAAUGUUUUUAAUUCUGGAUACUAAGUUGUUUCAAUACAUUAGAAUUUCACUUUUCUAUAGAUUUUAUAGUGCUUGAUAAUUUAUCUUAUAACACUUUCCACACUAAAUUUCUGAAAUAGACUUGUCCAGCCUGCUAACUGGGCCAACUCAUUCAUCAUUUUUAGGGAAAUUUUUUAAAAUUUAUUUGACUAAAUAAAGAAAACAGUGCAGACCAUGAUCAGAUGACAUGAAUGUGUUAAACUUUGUCUGCACUUGUCUUAAUGGUUGCAUAUGUUGUUGCCUUCAGGCUAAUGUUUUAAGUUAUUUGGACUUGUCAAAUAGAAUUGAUCUGUGUAUUAUAUGUAAUAUUAGAGAUUGUUUUUGUAUUUGUUUUCUUUUUUUGUUUGUUAUAAUGUAUACAAAUUAGUACAUAUAUUAAAUGAAUGAAAUUCA